CAUCAUUCUGCUCCCCUUUCUCUCGCCUUGGCGCCAGCCACCACGAGAAUUGAAGUGGAAGCGAAGCUAAUUCACGGUAUAGUCACACCUCACCGCUGAUCGUGUCGUCUAUAUAAACACAAGUGACGCGCAAGGCACGUACGGCACCACACUUAUGUGACCUGCAAGAUCACGCAGCUUGGCUAGAAACGAUACGAUGGCGAUGAAAGCGCUCCUGCUGUUGCUGGCGGCCUCUCUCCUGCUACUGCCGACGACAGGGGAGAUGACGAUCAGGAGGAUGGCGGAGGCGGCGGCGGCGCACCCGCACGGGCUCCCGUUCGAGAGCCCGCUCGCGCUGUCGCCCGCAGCGUACGAGUUCUUCCACCCCAGAGCACGCGCCCAGCUCGCGGGCGCGCGCGCGCCAGGGCUCGCUCCUCGGGGGCAGCCGAGGGGAGCCAACGGCGUGUCGGCCGCGAGCGUGGCCAGGGCCGACCACGAGGAAGGCGCCGCCGGGAGGCCGGGCGCUCGGCGCGGCGGCGCUGUCAGGGCAGGAGUGGUGGCCGGGGUGUUCGCGGGGGCAGCGGCGGUGGUGCUGGCAGCUCUCGGGCUGGCGUACGCCGUGGCCCGCCGCCGCGUGGGCGUGGUGGCGCAUGGCGGCGGCGACGCUGAGGCCGAGGCAGCGGGCGCGGCCAAGUCGAGCGCGUAGUGGGCUGAGAUUGCUGCUACGUACGUACGCGUACUGGGCUGGAAAGUUGGGCCUAGAGAGUUAGGCCGUGGAGGUGGGCUAGCUCCGUGCUACUGUGUAUAUUUGGAAACGUUUCCUGGGGACACGAAAAUCAGGAAGAGUACGACGAAACGUACUGUAUUCGGUUCGCACGAUCGUGCUGUGAACAACACGUGAUGUACAUGAUUCCAGUCUAGCGACUGUUUAAAUCUUUCGAUGCCUAUCCU